AACAGGUUCCCCAGAGCAGUUUUGGAGUCUCCACCUCUGAAGAUACUAAAAACCUGACUGGGCACGUUCCUGCUGUAGCUGCCCCUGCUUUGGGCGGGUUGGGGUUGGACUGUGCGAUCUCCAGAGAUGCCAACCUCAACCAUUCAGUGAAUCUGACAAGCAACCAUGGCUGGCCACGACUCGGGAUCUCAACACCAGUUCACUGGAUUUCAGAAGUACUUCAAUUCCUAUACCAUCACAGGCAGGAGGAAUUAUGUAAUAGCAACAUACACAAGCAUUGCAAUGCUCAUCUUGUAUUUCAAGCUUAGACCCAAAAAGAAAACUCCUGCUGUGGCAGAUAAGUAAAUGCAGGUUGCUGACAUGUCUGAGCCUCCAGUCUGUGUCACUGUAAUGCAAGCUGAUCACCUGUUGCGGCUAAUAAAAUAAUUACUUGUUUUAUUGAAAAUAUGAAAUGGUGCAAAAAAGCAUAAAUGUGGCACUUCUUGCUUUUUUUUUUCCCUCUGUCAAAACUAGUUAUUUGUAGUGGAGAUGGAGUAGCUGAUUCCUGUCAUUACUAUUUUAACUCUCCUGCUGUUAUAACACAUCCUGAAGGGUUCUGAGCACCUGGUAGUAACCUAGGAAAGACCUCAGCAGUGUGACAAUAAUGCUCGCACAGAGCUUACAGCUGAUCGAAGUAUCUCAACGCUUCCCUGUCACAGUGGGUGACAGUAAGCUUACAUGGUUUGCAGUUACCUGGUUGCUCCCAUUUUUUGCAUUCCAAGCUAGUAGUUUACAUGGAAACAGUGACUUCUCCAUUGUUAUUAAUACAACGCAGAUAACUUCUGUUGCAGUUGUCUGUAUUUUGCAUAGAACCUGUUUGGUUUUGAUGGAAAAUCUCCCCAAAAGAGACUGAUCAAAUUAUGGUAUUUGAGCUUUUUCUGUUACUGGCCUCCUGCAGAGGUAACUGCCAGAAAGAAAACUGCUUACUUUGCUGAUGUUAAGAUCUUACAACCCUGCAUUGUUCAUAAACAGUGACUUACUGGUUCAAUGCUUAUUUUUCCUGGACAUAGCCUCUUAAUAAACGAGGUGUUCUUACUGCAAUUAGAUACAUGCAGCCCCUUCCCUGCCCAAUGCUAAAACUCAUCACAUUCUCCGGUGUCUUUCUAUAUCUCAAUUAAACUCAGUACCUUCCGUAGAUGUCACGUUAGCGCUGAUGUGUGAAUGUGGUUACACAGCACUGUACUUGGAAGGUGCCAGCAAUGGGGGCUGAACCUGGGAUUUCUGAUGCUAAAAGCAUGCAGAUACACUUCCCAAACCGAGGGCAGCAGAGGUAGGCAUGGGCACUGGAGAAGAGGGAUAAAUUACAGGGUCUUUGUGUGCUCUCUAGUUCCUGUAUUCUGAAGGGUAUUUGUAUGUGCUGGGCCUUCUGAAUAAAUCUAGUCGUCUUCCUCUCC